UUCGAGGAGGAAAAUGGCAAGGACCCGAGUGGUGAAAACGCCAGGAAAGGCACCGGAGCUUCUAUUGCGUCCGGAUUUGGAGGGCUUGGGCUUGAAGGAAUUGUGGGCAAGGAGGACUCGCUUGGAGAAAGCUCUGAACCACCUGGAGAAGGAAACAGAGGAGUAAUGUCUGGAGAUAAGGCUGGCGGCGAAGCCAAAGGUGCAUCUGGCAACAAUGCUGGAGCAGCUGAAAUUGUGGAGGUUGAUAACUGUGGCUGAUCAGGUAGAGUUGUUGAUACGAAGGCCAACAUCAAAGAUGGGCUUGCCAUGAAAAUCAAAAACUGGAUAAAAAGGGGCCAGAUGGCAGCCAUUAAUGAUA